CUUGUGUCUAGUGUCUGGAUCCAGUGCACUGGAGAUUGAUCUAUGCAGCAGUAGUUUUCUGCAUCGAUGACAUACAUUGUCCUAGAUAGACAGCGGGAAUGACUCUACGGUCUCUCAAGUUCUAUAUCAACCUUACGGCUAGGUAUGGUUUCAUAGAUAUACAAGAGCAGCAUGGCAGGCAGCAUGGAGUGGAAACAAGAUCACAUGCGCUAUCAAUCAAUCAUAUACGUAGUAAGCCCCAGUCGCACCAUGUACCAUUGAGGAUUCCGUGUUUUAUGACAAGAGAGUGCAAGUGGCAAAGAAGGCUUAUUUUUGACUAACAAGCUCCAAUUAAUGAACUGCUCGGAUCCAUUAUCCCCACCACAAAACGACACCAUCACGGUCCAUAAGUGACCUUCCAUGCAGUGUGACGAUUGACUGUUCCCAGAGGGAUGACUGCCACCUAUCUAGCUACAGGAGAGUGGGACACCAAACUGGGGGAGAUUUUCUGCACAAAUGAACCUAUAUUUCCUGUGUGCUACCUGCCUCUCCACUCAAUGGAGUGCUACUCAAUAACUCUAACCUAACUGAGCGCUCAGUCAUUAUCCUCCAAUUUGAUCCUGAGUUCUCACUGGUGGGUGCAGUGACUGUCACUUAUAACAACUCUGCUCUCUGUGAUCCUGACCCGGCUCUGUUGGAGUGUAUGUGUCUCAGUGUCAUGCCUGCAUGCAUGUAUGCUGCAGAAUUACCUAUAGAUGGGGCAUCUGCUAUACUGGUGCUACUCUUGCUGGAGGUGAAAGAGAAAAGUACCAUGCAGCCUCCAGCAGUGAACAAAGAAGGCUACAACAGAAUCACCUAUAAUGUGGGAUGUGAAUCCUGCUUCACAGAACCCUUCUCCAGUUCACUAACCUAUGAUGAGGUUAUCAUCAACGGUGAUAAUGUGAAAAUAGUGGUCAACGAAGAGGAAUACAGUGUAAUGAACACUGCAUGGACAGGGUGCUCAGAGGCUGCCUGCAGCUAUGGCCAGCUUGGGAAUGUGCCAGUCCCACACAAAAGGCAACACAACUGCCACAGUAGACCAACAUCAGGUCACCUACGCUACUGUGGAUAUUGAUACCGCCAGGAAAUAAGCAGCCAAAGCAGCCACUCUUCCAGCUCAACAGGUCAAAUUGUUGUAAAUAUUACAACAACAACGGAGCCCAUCUUCUAAGCUAGUCUGGCCACGCCCUCCCCAAAUUCGUCUUACAAAGAGGCUGGAAUUCGAGACUACUUCUAAGCCAAGUCUUCAUUGGGGGGGGGAGCGGCGAUCAAAUCAAGCUAAGUUGGUGGGUUGGGCUGACCACAAAUUCAAAUUCAAACUAAAGUGAUAACCCUUUUCCCCACGGUUGCGAUUGAACGGUAAAGGGAUAUGUAAUAACUAGUAGCUUCAUGCCAUAAAGCUUUAGCACAGACAUCAGCACCCACGAUGCUUCAUGAUAUAGUUGUACAAAGAGAUAAUCUAUAAAUAGCGCACCCGUUCCUAUCUACAUAGCAAUCGAGUCGUAAGUUUUCCCAUUCCUCUGAUUAAGAAAAAGUGUCAGGCUAAAGUAGGAAGCUUGUAUCUUGUCUUUAGAGUAGGUGUAUAGUAGCUAGGUCUCUUAGUUGUAUCAGGAGUGCACAAGUUAAAUAGGUGAAGCCAACCAGAGGGGGUACAACAGGCAGGAGUAAUUAGGCUUGAUUGAGAGCUGUAAUUACAUUCCGUUCAGUGGGCCUAGGUUUAUUAAUACUGAGUAAGCUAAUCAAGUCUUAUAAUUAGACUAUUACUCCUGCAUGUCAUACCUCCUCUGUGAAGCCACCACACUCUGUAGGAUUCAUAAUUAGGCCUUGCCCAAAAUUAAUGGUCAAUUAGUUAUGUGCAGAAGCCACACAGUUGCCUAUUAGUCUAGUCUCCAAGUCUCAUGCAUUGUACUUAAUUAUUACCUAUUAGUCUCAAUAAAAAAUAAUUAACAAGAAUUAUACUGCAACAUUCCACGCUUCUAUAAAAUCUUCUAAGGAACUAUAUUGAUGAUAGAAAAUAGUCAACUGCAUGAUCUAGUACAUGAUGUAGUACUACUAGCACCUUCCAUAGUAUAUACUUGUAGCCACUACUACUAGCCAAUCUAGCCACCAUGUGGACCAUGUGCUCAGAAGUUAAAGAUCAACUAUUAGCAUUACUCAUGCUAUUGAGGCUUAGUGCUUCUAUAAAUACAAAAUUUGGUAAAAUUGCCUAUAGGCUAAUAAUUUUUUACCUAUUAGGCUGGCAUAUGCUUAAUGCUCCACCCACCUAUUAGUCUCAAAAUUAUGCCAGCAUAAUUGGGCAAGGCCUAGUGACUAAUCACUGAUGUUUUAGUAAUUAAUCUUUAGUAAAUGGCCUUCUGUGGACUAUAUAUUUCCUUAAAAAAAUUUGCUCCAUAUAUAUACCCCAGAGCUAUAGCUAGACUCCUUCACUGGCCUCCCCUGAAGAGAAGAGAAGGCUUGCUACUGACUGCUUGCGCAUGCGCACAAUUAUUGGUCCCGUAAAAUUUCCAAUUUAUCAGAGAAAAUAAUCCUGACAAAAUAUUAAAAGUCAUACACAGAGCUAUAGCUAGCUAGCUAGCUAGAGACAGAGCUGUAGGUUUGUUGUACAGCUAUUUUCUUUCUGAUCAGAGUCAGUAGCAGUAGUAUAGUAGACUUUCACCAUUAGUUGUUAAAUGGGCGUGUUGCAGGCUGUGAGUCUUUUGUUAACAUAGCAGGCUAAGGGUAGCUAUCACAAUACUGUCAGAGGGGCUAGAAACCUUCAAUGGAACUUUCUAUCUACUUACUUCAAUCCACUUCCGUUCGUUGUGACGUCAUUGUUUUACUGAGCAUAUACGAUGUUAUCCAAAGCCCCCAUGGCAAUGCAGAUACCAGGGUGAGAUUAGCGCACGUACAAGCAGUCGAUACCAGGCCCACUUCCCUGAUGAAGUGCGGCCUGGGAUCGAGGCUAAUUUAUGGCUUGAGUGUUUUAAACUAAAAGUGUAUAUAGCAUUAAUUGCUUCCUCUACAGUGUUACUGAAUUGAAUGUGUGCUGUUUAGUUGAGGCAGAUAAUUAAUGCGGCAGUUUUUUGGUUCAACUUAUAGGCUUUUACAAACACGGUGUUCAAGCUCCUGGACAUUGACCCAGGGGCGUAGCCAGGGGGGGCUCAUGGUGCUCAAGCACCCCCUUUUUCUAUCUGAGAUUGUACACAAAGUGUACCUGAUUGUCUAGCUGAGCACCCCCUUCUCUUCCAGAUCUUGCUGCAGUUAGCUAGCUAGUAGGCAAGCCGGGCAAAACAAAUUGGUCUUUCAACUGUGAGCUAUUCUGGCUUAGAUCUAUAGACUAGUUCUCUUUCGUAGCAAAAUAGGCAAUUAGAAGAUUGGAUUCAAUCCAGAUUAGGUGUGGUGUAACCGGGGCUUUAGUAAGCUACUUGAAAACCCCUGGCACCUCCACGCCCUUUUAAUCAAUACAACAAGCACUAGGUGUGUGGUAGGGUUUUUAGUAGUUAAUACAGUGCUUGCAGCCUAGAGAGUAAAAUACCACGAUAGGGUGAAUAGUUGUAAUAUUUCUAAGAAAUUGUGCUGAUACCAUUUUAUAGGUGAAUGAAUAAGCUACAACAUUAUUCUAAAAUAUUUCCCCAAAAGUUGUUGUAGUGGAAAAUCAUUUUAGGUGAAAAUGAGGGUGAUCGUAAAGAGAUGUGUGUAAAAUCAAAUAUCUCUGGAACUAAAGUAUUUCUGGACAAAUUAUUGUAUCAAAAGAUAGAAAAUUUAUUAAAAAUUAAUGUGCAAAAACAAUUAGACCUUAGCCGACAAAUUUACUUGACUUCCAUCGCUAAGCGAAAAGGCACCCAAAAAACUCGAUAAUUGAGUAGUAAUCAGUUUGUGUACAUAUGUAAACUUUACGAAACCAUGCAUAUGUUAGAUAAACUAUUCAGGAAUGUUGUACCAGAGUUCCCUUACCUUAGCCGACAACGGUUGGUCUUUUCCAUCGCUAAGCGAUUGUCCACUAUAGAUCAUUUAGCUCUUAUAUAAACCACCACAUACACACCACCUUUGGUUUCCAUGGAAACAAUUUUGAGUAUAUUUUAGAGUAUUCCCUUAUCUCAGCAAAAUUUCUUAGAAAUGUUCCCAUCACAAGAUAUUCACAUUUAUGAGAUAUUUACAUUUAUGUACCAAUACCAGCAAAUUUGCGUUUUUUUACUCUCUAGGCUGCAAGCUGCACUGUUGUACAUGAAAUUACUUUAACCUGUAUUUGCAUGGUAUUAGUUUAUCCCUGGAGUUCAGUCACGAUCACUCAGCUUACAUGUUGAACACAUCAAGAAAGUUUAUUAGUUAGGGCUUGUCCAUUAACAUUACAUCGAUCGACGUCUUAAAUCACUUUUACUUGAUCACUGCAUGCUUAUCCAAGGAACAGAUAGUGUCUGCUGGUGUUAAUUGAACAUAACUAUAGAGCACUGAAGUGAAAACCCUUGGCGUUAAUUUGAGGUUUAGUGAGUCUACAGCCUCGAGUCAAAGCCACGUGUACAUCUAGGCCAACGUGCAGGCUCGAGCUUUUUAGCUUCUUAGCUUUUGCUCGCUUUUAUUCGACAACGAAGCUUUAACAUCAAAUUUAAAACUACUACCUUGUUAUAUUGAGGCUAUCCAUGGUAUAAACACAGUGCUAUCGUAUCCAGGUGAGUAGACUCAGAAUACAUAGAGAGACAGACAGACGAUAUAAUUUCUUGUAUGAUUCUUUGCAUGGCCAAUCCUAUUAGUAUAAGCGGCUAUUUUUUUAUCGUCUAGUAUAGUUGCAUGAUUGAGGUUAAUGUUGUGCAGAGCUAACUAGAAUAGCUAAGUUAUUAACAGAACGAAGCAUUUUUGCAAAUCUGCCAUCCAAGAACAGACUAGAAGCCUAUAGAAACUUUUACUGCACUUCAUUUAUCGUUGAGCAGCUGUUACAGUAGCAGUCUACACACACAAACACACAGACUGGAUAAACACACAAACACACUAUACCAUAUACCUCGCUUGUACACGUACACAACAAGGCUUUCAGCACAUGACAAUCAACACACUUGACACAAUGCCAGCUGUCUAGAUAAUGAUUGUUCCCUACAUUAGGUCCUUAUCCAGAUUGAGCAAUUUAUAAUAAUAAAUUGGUACUGUAGCAUGUGUCUCUAUAGGUGGGCAAAUACAUGGUUCCUGUUAUGAAUGCAGUUAGUAUAUGACAUGUUACGUUUGACUAUGAAGUGAAGUAGUCUGGUUGUUUAUAAAUGCAUGCAUGCAUGUGUAACUGUUACUGUACACACACGUUGUUUGCUAGUGCAUGAUGCCUGUAACAGUUGUUGUUCAUUCUCAUGGGAUAGUUAUUAUAAGAAGAACGAUUGUCUGUUUGUGGUAUGUUGGGGUUAGCUUAUCUUCAGUGAUAAGGUUUCUCUAAGACACUUCAACUAUAGGUGUUGUUAGACUCUGCUGUAAACACUUUAAGUGUAUUCCUUGGCCUAUGAGGCCGAGGGGGAAAGACAUUCACGAGAAAAAGUUGAUUUAUUUCCUCCUUUCUUAAUACAAAACAGUAUACACUGCAUGCACCAGUACAUCAGUGAGAACACACACAUUACAAUACUACAUGCAUGUACCCAUUCAGAGUAUGGAGAACUGGGUUUAAAUGUUUUCAGGCUAUGUUGUAGCUAUCAUUGGAAUAUUCCUGUAUUUAGCCUAAGGAGGAGUCUGGCCUCGAGACUAAUUUAGUGUGCUUUAAAUCAGCUGUAUACAAAUCAUUAGUAUUGCCUAUUCUGGACUAUACUGUUCCACUCUGUGGGACCCUUGCUAUGAGAUCCAGGUCAAACGACUAGAAUCUGUGCAAAAAUUUGCUGCAAGAGUAUAGUAUCAAAGAGAUGGCCCAUGAUCAAUUGUUGGGAUGGGAGCACCUUUCACCCCAGCUAAGGUAUACAAACAGUCAACCACUUUUUUGUCCACUGUUCGCGUGGUCAGUGCAGCUAGUAUCUUCAAAGGUUUCUUAAUGGAGCUUUCAUACUUGUAGUGUUGUUUUCACACGUCAGCUAGUGAACAAAGAGCACGACUAUUCUCCACAUACAAUGAAUGAGCUGAGCAAACAAUUCAAUCUUGACAGUACACCUCAAAUUAUCAGCACAGUUGGGUUGGACAAUCAUUCUUAAAUUGUUAAAACACACAUAAGAUUUAUUAAUGCUUCUGAGGUAAGGCCACCUCUUUAAAGAAAACUACUUAAUUAUGAUUAGAAAAUAUUUGCAUAUUCAAGCUUUGAAGUGGCCACUGCUAAUGA